AUGGCGACACCAAAGCGACGUAAGGUCGAGACAAUUGAAGGCUCAAGGCCAAUGAGCGCAUUUGCGUUGAGGCAGCAGUUGCUUUCAGCAAGCCCGUCCUUGUCUCCAGCACCUCAAGCCGAGUCUCAGCCAGCCCCCGAUUCCCAGGCGUCAACUCCUACGCCUACACCUAAAGGACGGUCCCCCGCGAAAGCAAGAUCGUCAAAAAGGGUCGCCUCCACUGAGGAAGAAACAACCCAGCACACGCCAAAGACGAACCCCGGCCAGAGUGCAUCUAUGCCAGUAGCAGGAGCACAAGAACCCAAUAGUCCUACCGCAGAUCCUGAAGACAUCGAUCCGGCAAAGGCUGGACCUCAGCAGUUCUCGACGUUCAGACCAAGUAAAAGUAACUCUCGCAGAGUUGCAGGAGGCAUUCUCGAGUUGAGACUCCAUGACAGCGAGCGUUUUCUGGUACUCGGAAGCUAUGGUAUCAAGGUACUCGAUGGCGAGAUCACUAUAGCAGGAGCGAGUAUUCGAGCUUCUGACGGCACCAAAUGGGUUCAUGCUCCUCACUGCCAUGCGAUCCCCGUGCUGCGCUGCUCAGAGGAGACAAAACUUGAGCUGCAUCCUCACCCGCAAGGGGCGAGCCUGCGUAAGCUCGAGCGGCUGUCACCUCUCUUCCGAAGUCUGUGGCAUGAGCCUGAAGGAAAAGCGAGUAGACGAGGCGCCAAGACCGAUACCUACAAGAUUAUCUGUACCUCCGAAGACGCGCCGAAGCGAGCUCUCGUCCAGGAUCUGCGUUCGCACCCCGCCUGGAACAAGAAGUUGGCGGGGUUGACGAAGGCGAAACCAGGGCAACCAGCCCUCAGCGUGAUGCUAUGCGGCCCAAAAUCGUCGGGCAAAUCCACCUUUGGCCGUAUACUGGGCAAUCGGCUGCUCACGGGCGCCGGCCAGCAGACUAGGACCCGGCAAACGCCAUCAUCAGUCGUUGUGAUGGAGCUGGAUCCCGGUCAGCCAGAGUAUACUCCGGCAGGUACAAUCGCCUUGGUUCAGGUUAGAGAACCCAACUUGAGUCCAUCUUUUGCCCACAUUGCAGCGAAUGAGCAGAAUGUGACCGUUAUAAGAUGUCACUCAAUAGCUUCAGUAUCACCUGCGUCCGACCCAGAGCUGUAUCUGGAAUGUGCACUCGAUCUGUUUCAACGCUACCGAGACACCUGUCAAGGGCUGCCAUUGAUCAUCAACACGCCUGGUUGGGUCUUGGGAACAGGGCUGGACCUACUCAGUGAGCUUGUGUCAACAAUCAAGCCUACCGAGGUGAUUUACAUGUCCGAGGACGGCCCUAGAGAGACCGUCGAGGGCCUGCAGGCGGCGUGUAAGACAGUCUUCACACUGCUUCCCUCGCAGCAGUCGGAAUUCACUUCGAGAACCGCGGCACAUCUACGUUCGAUGCAGGCGUUGGCGUAUUUCCACACCAAGAGAAACCCGUCGAAUCAGCUGCUGUGGAACCCUACCCCGCUUUCAUCAUCGCCUCCGUUGCUGGUCGGCUACAAGGGGAAGAACCGCGGAAUUACGGGGAUUGUUAGCUAUGAGUAUCAACCGCCGGCAGAGCUCCUCGCAGAGACCAUCAACGGGUCUAUCCUAUGUCUGGUCGAAACCGAGGACACCAGGGCGUUCAGUCGUCUGGCUAGAGAGAGCAGUGGCUUUUCUUCUGCAGCAUCGAGCGCUGACGUGAUGGAUGUUGAUGGUGUUGCGCUAGACUUGGAGGCAAUUGUCGCCAGGACUCCUGAGGGAAUCCCUUAUAUCCCCAAUACCGAUGCCCAAACUAUGGAUCCACGAUACGCGCAAACGCUGGGCCAGGUGCUAUUACGAGGCAUCGACACAAAGACUGGCACUCUCCAGAUUCUCACACCGAUUCCCCUGGGACGCAUCGAGGCAGCCAAAGCAGCGGGCCACCACUUAUUGCUAGUCCACGGCAAGCUUGACUCCCCCGGCUGGGCGUAUACGGAAGACCUGUACUACCAGUCCUUCAACGGCAGCGAUGUAGAUAACUCCAAGUAUGACACGGUGGAAGUCAUGGACGAGGAUACGGAGAGCGACAACUCGGACGAAGAGCCCGAGAACCUCGAGCUUGCCGGUGACUUGAGUGACACGCACACACCGUGGAUUGAGGUCCUGCAGGGUCACGAGAAGCGCCCCGUGGGGUCGAGGGUGUGGAGAGUCCGGCGCGACCUCGGGCGGGCCGGGCCGGGCGCUGAGUGA